AAUUUGGGGCUACAAAGCAAGAAUAUGGCCCCUCCUCUUCUUCAUUCUGAUCCAGACAAGCUGCAAGACACAGGGAAUCUGCCUGCACAGUAAUAACACCAUGUCUACUGUUCAGGAGAAACUUAUCACUAAUGUGUGCCAGGAUAAGGCUGCCAAACCCACAAACAAGAUAACGAUCGUUGGGGUCGGACAAGUUGGCAUGGCCUGCGCUGUCAGUGUCCUCCUGAAGGAGUUGGCCGAUGAGCUUGCCCUGGUUGAUAUCUUGGAAGACAAACUUAAGGGUGAAGUGAUGGAUCUGCAACACGGUUCCCUGUUCCUCAAAACACCAACCAUUGUAGCUGACAAAGAUUAUUCCGUAACCGCUAACUCCAGAAUUGUUGUGGUAACUGGUGGGGUCCGGCAGCAGGAAGGAGAGAGCCGCCUGAACUUGGUCCAGAGGAACGUCAAUGUCUUCAAGUUCAUUAUCCCUCAGGUUGUCAAGUACAGUCCUGACUGCAUCAUCAUUGUGGUCUCCAAUCCAGUGGACAUCCUGACCUACGUAACCUGGAAACUGAGUGGCCUUCCCCAACACCGUAUCAUUGGCAGUGGGACCAACCUGGAUUCUGCACGGUUUCGCCAUCUGAUUUCUGAGAAGCUUGGGGUUCACCCAUCCAGUUGUCAUGGCUUCAUCCUGGGAGAACAUGGAGAUACCAGUGUGGCUGUCUGGAGUGGCGUUAAUGUAGCUGGAGUCAGUCUUCAGUCCCUUAAACCUGAGAUUGGCACUGACCAAGACUCUUGCAACUGGAAAGAAGUUCACAAGAAGGUAGUUGACAGUGCCUAUGAAGUGAUCAAGCUUAAAGGCUACACCAACUGGGCCAUUGGCUUCAGCGUGGCUGAAAUAGUAGAAUCCAUUACUAAAAACCUGGGGCGAGUCCAUCCAGUUUCAACAAUGGUGAAGGGCAUGUAUGGCAUUGAGACUGAAGUAUUCUUGAGCCUCCCAUGUGUCCUGAAUGGAAAUGGAUUGACCAGUGUCAUCAACCAGAAGCUGAAGGAUGAUGAGGUUGGUCAGCUGCAGAAGAGUGCAGAGACCUUAUGGGGCAUCCAGAAAGACCUGAAGGACCUGUGAUCCCACAGAUGUGUUAUGUUUCUGCUUCGGUGGCUCUGCUAUAUGGUUCUAAUGUUGUGUAUACUAGUUUCCAGAGUUUAAUAGUUGUCAAAAUAAAGCCUUUAACCAACUGAA